CUCAGCGGUGCUCGCCCGGGCGCUGGGCGCAGCUGCUUGGCCCUCAGCCCUUUGGCAAGGCGCCCACCCGCUAGGUCCCGCCCCGGCAGCGACGCAGGGAUAACCCGCGGCCGCGCCUGCGAGCUCGCACCCCUCUCCCGCGCCCAGUCCUCCCGCGCAGCGGCUCGAAGUGCGCCCCUCGCCCUCCUGCUCGCGCCCCGCUGCCAUGGCCGCCUCCCCCGCGCGGCCGGCUGUCCUGGCCCUGACAGGGCUGGCGCUGCUCCUGCUCCUGUGCUGGGGCCCAGGUGGCAUAAGUGGAAAUAAACUCAAGCUGAUGCUUCAAAAACGAGAAGGCCACGAGUCCUCCCCCUACAUCUCACACAGGGAGAAAUUUGAAGAUGAUAUCACCUAUUGGCUUAACAGAGAUCGAAAUGGACAUGAGUACUAUGGCGAUUACUACCAACGUCACUAUGAUGAAGACUCUGCAAUUGGUCCCCGGAGCCCCUACAGCUUUAGGCACGGAGCCAGCGUCAACUACGACGACUACUAACCAUGACUUGCUACAUGCUGUACAAGAAGCAAAUAGCAGUUCUCUUCACGUAUCUCCUAAUGCCUUACACUACUUGGUUUCUGAUUUGUUCUAUUUCAGCAGAUCUUUUCUACCUACUUUGUGUGAUCAAAAAAGAAGAGUUAAAACAACACAUGUAAAUGCCUUUUGAUAUUUCAUGGGAAUGCCUAACAAUGCAUCUCACUUAAAAAUAGAAAUAAAGCAUUUUGUUAAAAAGAAAA